AUGAUGUCCUUAUCGUAUAUUAAUCAACAACUGACAAUUUAUCUUGGAAUAUUUCUGUUAAUCAUCGGUGUAAUCGGCAAUGGUUUAAAUAUUUUGAUAUUUUCAAGUACUUCAGCAUACCGUCGAACUCCGUGUGCGUUUUAUUUUCUUGCUAAUUCAGUCGACAAUAUUCUAUUCAUUGGUAUUAAUCUUAUAUCUCGUGUGGUAAGUAUUGGUUUUAAUUUUGAUUUGACUCAAACGUCAGUGCAUUGGUGCCGAGCACGACAAUAUUUCAUUGCUGUGUUUGGUCUUUUUUCAUUUACAUGUGCAUGUUUAACUUCAAUCGAUCAGUUUCUCGUUACAUCACGAAAAGCUUCUCUACGUCGUUUAAGUAAUAUUAAAUGGACUCACCGAAUCGUUUUCAUUUUGAUUAUUAUUUGCUGUCUUCAUGGCAUACCUCGUCUUGUAUUUUUCGCGAUUUCUUCAAAUUCCAAUACAUGUGUAGUUACAAAUACAGUAUACUCUGUAUAUAUUACUGUCUAUUCUCUUAGUUUAACUAGUAUUGGUCCAACAAUAAUUAUGAUUAUAUGCGGAUAUUUAACUUAUCGAAAUAUUCACUUUAUCAGAGCCUCUGUUGAUCGGCAAUUAGUUAAAAUGACUUUAUAUCAAGUUUUACUCGUUUUUAUUACUAUAACCCCAUACGGCAUUACUACAAGUUAUAUAUUAAUAACAUCAUCAAUGAAAAAGGAUGCAUAUCAAUUAAGAAAUGAAAAUUUUGUGUUAUCUUUUGUUAGUAUAUUGUGCUAUUUUUAUUAUUGUGGAAGUUUCUACAUAUUCUUCAUUUCAUCAAAUCGUUUUCGUCGCACAAUGAAAGCAAAGUUAUUGUUUUGGCAACGAGCCAAUCAAAUCGAUCCACUCCCAAUUGUCGCAUUUUAA